AUGACAUACGGGCAAGGACUCAAUUCACAAGAACUAACAGAAAUUAUACAAAAGGCAGAAAUCAUAGCGAAGGAGCAAAGAUCAUACACUUUAGACCCAGUGCAUGUUCUUGCUGCGCUGCUAGAUAGGGGCAGCAAAGAAGUAAAAAGAGCAAUCAAGAACAGUUAUAGCGAGAUAAAGAACACGGUAAAGAAUUACAUAGAGGGCCAGAGCAAAGCGCUUGGGCAUGCACAGCCAAGAAUAAACGAAGCUGAGCUGGGCAUAUUCAUAGGGCAUAUAAAGGAGAUAUCACAAAAAGAAGGCACGCCAAUAAAGGAGGUGCAUAUAUUAUACGGAAUACUAAAGACGCCGAGUAUUGUGCAUAUACUUAAUCAAGUGAAUCUUAAAGAGAUAUUAGACAGAAUAGAAAAUGUGAAAGAAAGAGAGGACCUAGCAAUAGAAGACUUUGCCGUUGACAUGAUACAGCAGGCCCGAGACGGACUAUUUGACCCUGUGAUAGGAAGAGACAAAGAAAUUCGUGCAGUGCUUGAAAUACUGACCAAAAAGAUCAAGUCAAAUGCAAUGCUUCUUGGAGAGCCAGGUGUAGGAAAGACAGCGAUAGUGAACGGGCUAGCGCAGUUAAUAGCAAAUGGGCAGGCUCCUGCUUUGUCUGGGUGUACAAUAUAUAGUGUAGAUCUAGGGGCGCUAGUGGCAGGAACAAUGUACCAUGGGCAGUUUGAGGAGAGGCUUAAAAAGCUAAUUAAGGCUGCAGAAGAGUCAAACAGGAAGGUAAUUUUGUUCAUUGAUGAGAUACACAUGGUUCUUGGUGCGGGGAAGACGCAGGGUGCAAUGAAUGCCGCCAAUCUACUAAAACCAGGUCUUGCGUCUGGGCUGAUUAGGUGCAUAGGCGCCACAACAUACAUUGAGUACAAGCAGUAUGUUGAGAAAGACCCGGCAUUUGAGAGAAGGUUUGUUUCUGUAAAUGUGUCUGAGCCAUCAGUUGAGGAUACAGUUACUAUACUGAGGGGGCUGAGAGAAAGGUUUGAGUCAUACCAUGGGCUGAACAUUCUUAAUGAAACUUUAGAAUGCGCAGCACAGAUGGGGCACAGAUACCUAACAAGCGGGCACAUGCCAGAUACAGCGAUAACCUUGCUGGAUGCAGCUUGUGCAUCUGUUAAGGUUGCGUUGGAAAGUGAGCCUUCAGAUAUAAUGAAUAUAAAAUCAAAGAUAUGGGCAGCAGAGAUAGAGAAGGAAGCAAUUAUAUCAGACAGCAAGAGAGAUUCAACAAUAAAGACUGAGGAGAGGCGGGAGAAAGUAGAGACAAAGAUUAAGAAUCUGCAAGACAAGCUUGUUCCAAUGGAAAAGGAAUACUCACGAAGAAUGGAGCACAUCUUAAAAAGAAAGAAGUUUAAGACAAAGCUAGAGGAGUUGAAGAUAAGGCUUGUAGAGGCAGAGAGAACAAGAAACACUGCAGCCGCAUACGACAUAAAGUCAUUCGCAAUACCAGAAAUUGAGGGUGAGCUGAGAGAACUAGAAAAGACAAACGAGCAGGUCUGCAUACGGCCAGAAAACAUUGCUGAAAUGGUAUCCAGCAUUACAGGAAUUCCUGCAAAAAGACUUACACUAAUGGAAAACAAAAGAUUGCUUGAAUUAGAGUCCAGGCUUGCAAAAAGAGUGAUAGGGCAGGAAGAGCCUAUAAAGGCCCUAACAAAUGCAAUCAUAAGGAACAAAGCAGGAUUUGGCCGUAUAAACAGACCAAUUGGAUCAUUCCUAUUCCUUGGUCCAACUGGUGUGGGAAAGACCCAGCUUGCAAAAUCACUUGCCUAUGAGCUAUUCGAUGAUGAAAAAGCAAUGGUGCGUAUUGACAUGAGCGAGUAUAUGGAGGAGCACUCUGUAAGUAGACUAAUUGGCGCGCCGCCUGGAUACGUGGGAUACGAGACAGGAGGGUACUUAACAGAGAAAAUACGAAACAAGCCAUACAGUAUUGUUCUUAUUGAUGAGAUUGAAAAGGCGCAUAAAAGAGUUUCCAAUAUAUUCCUGCAGGUACUAGAUGAUGGAAGACUAACAGAUGGGCAGGGUCGGGUGGUAGACUUUACUAACACAGUGAUACUUCUCACUUCAAAUCUAGGAUCUGGAACUCUCAUAGCUGGAAUGCAGAAAGAAAAAGUCAUGGAAGCAGUAAAACAUUUCUUCCCGCCCGAGUUUAUAAAUAGGCUUGAUGGCAUACAGAUAUUCAAUCCAUUGCGCAUAGAAGGCCUCUUCGAGAUAAUUGAAAUAUACUUAAAUGAAAUUAAUGAACGGCUAGAAAAGAAUAAGCUGCACAUAAAUAUAUCUGAUGAUGUAAAGAGAAAGAUAAUAGACGAGUCAUACAGCAUAGAAUAUGGUGCAAGGCCGAUCCAACGAUUCAUUGAGCAGACAAUUACAACUGAUAUUUCGAAAAUAUUCUUACAGAUAGAAAGCAGUAAUGGAUACGAAAUAAUAGCAAGAACACUCGAUGAAGAGUGUGCAGUAAUUGAUGAAGCCCCAGUGUACAAAACAGAGUACUUUGCCUAUUACAUAGCAGACAGUACCUUACAAAAAGAAUCUAUUCAAUAA